UUCCCUACGAGCACGAGGGGUGAUAUAGCGUGGUCAUUUUCCUCUUAUUCCCUCUACUGUCGGUCUUUUGUCUCCUUUGUUGUUGCGGCUUUCAAUCAAUCAACCACUCGUCUUCGUUUUCAUUUGUAAAUACCACAUAUUCUAUAUUCUAUUUAGUCUUGGGUAUACCGCUAAAAAUUAUUAAAGUAUAAAACUAAACGCAUCCAUAAGUUUCCUAAGAGAGAGAAGAAAAGAAUUAAGAGCUACGUUGAAAAUAUAAAGUAAAUGAAUCAGUGAGGAUCGAAUCGUUUAGCUUCGGACACACACUCGAGCAAUUCAUCCCUGAAAAAGGCACCGCGUCGCCGCUCCCUUUCUCUUUCCGUCAGCCACAGGGAUGGGCAAGUCGAACAACGAGAACUGUCUGAAGAAGGCAAGCAACGCAAUCUCCAAUGGACUACAAACGGUGUUCUUCAGGUACGGCCGCAGCAUCGCCACCUACCCUUGGAUAUACAUUGUCGUCUGCGUGGUGGCGACGGCUGCCUGCUGUGUUGGCCUCAUGAACUUCUACUCAGAGACACGUGCAGAGAAGCUUUGGAUCCCGCAGGACUCAGACUAUGUAAAGACCCUCAAGUGGCAGAGUGAGAACUUCCCUAAUAACCAGCGGGCUGAGUUGAUCCUUUACGAGGCCGACAACGUGCUGAAGGCGGAGUACAUACAGGAGAUGUACCGAAUAAGGAAGGAGUUGCGGGAGGUCGUCGUGACGGAUAAGUACGGGAGGAGUCUGUCACAGGAGGACCUUUGUUACAAAGUUCCAGUGUUAGCCACAUAUGAGUUCCAGGAGGCAGUGGGGCAGGACUUCGAAGGGGACAUGGACUCGCUUCCCGAGGUGCAGGCGGCGCCCGAGAUGGGCUGCUACGAGCUGAACCUCCUGGACGUAUGGCAGGACAACGAGACCAUCAUCCUGGACCUGACCGACGAGGACGUGGUCAGGGACGUGAACGCCGCCAACACCAGUGCCACUUUGGGCUUCCCGAUGGACUUUAUCGGCCUCCUGGGCGGCGUGCAGAUGAACGAUAAGGGUCUGGUGGUGGAGGCUCGCAGCGCCCUCACCACGAUACUGAUGGAGGUGAACCGCACUGAGGUGGACAUGGGAGACGUGGGCACCGGCGAGGGUCUCUCUGAAGAUGUGGACUUGGAGCUGUAUGAGUGGGAGGCGCAAUUCAUCCGAGUAGUGGGCAACGACACUGAACGACCCGAAGGUUUGAACGUGUAUCUCCAGUCAGCGCGGAGUUACGGGGAGAUCAGCGGGGACACCAUAGUGGGAGACGUGUUUUAUUUGGCGGUGGGCAUGCUGCUACUCUUUGUCUACGUCCAAGUGAUGCUGGGGAAGUUCAACCUGGUGGAGACUCGGCCCGUGUUGUCUCUGCUGGGCCUGGUGUCCGUAGGCAUGGCUGUGGGCGUGUCCUUCGGCCUCUGCUCAGCCUUCAAUGUUCCUUACGGUCCCGUGCAUUCCGUUCUGCCCCUGCUGAUGCUCGGCCUGGGCGUGGACGAUAUGUUUGUCAUCGUGCAGUGCUGGAAUAACCUCAACGUCGCUGAGCGACGGAAGGAGAUGAAAGAAAGAGUCGGCCUGGCACUGCGUCAUGCUGGUGUCGCCAUCACCAUUACCUCUCUCACUGACUUUGUGGCUUUUGCUAUCGGUGCCAGCACUGUGCUACCAGCCCUCCAGUCAUUCUGCAUCUACUGUGCUGUUGGCAUCAUAGCACUGUACGUGUUCCAAGCCACCUUCUUUGUGGCAUGGUUCACCCUUGAUCAAACUAGGAUGGAAAAGCAUCGCAAUGGACUACUCUGGUGCUACACACACAAGCACUGGACGCCAAAUGCCUGCUCCCAAAAGGAUCUAUGUCAAAUGUUCUUCUCAGAGAUCUACUCUAAAUAUCUCCUAAUGAAACCAGUCAAGGUGUUGGUGUUGGCUGUGACGGCAGCAGUGUUGGGAACCUGUAUAUGGGGAGUGACCAACCUCAGGCAGGAGUUCAAUCCUGUGUGGUUCAUCCCCGAGUCAUCCUACCUGUACCAGUUCAUCUCCAAGGUCCAAUACUACUACCCAGAAUCAGGUGAGAAGGGCCUGGUGUACCUUGGUAACCUUGAUUAUGCUGCAGAACUCCCCAGCAUCAGUCUUCUUGAAGACAAGAUGAGGAAAAGCCAGUACAUCUCUUCUGUGGAUUCGUGGUAUGACGGUCUGGUCAGCUACACCCUAGACACUACUGGAGAAAAUAUUACAGGAAUGGCUGUGAAUGCCUCCUUCUUUGAAGAGAUGCUGACAGGCUUCCUCUUCUCUGGAGAAGGUGGUCGCUUUCAGCAAUACUUCAAGUUUGAGAAUGACAGCAUCUUCCCAGAAGCUAUUGUGCUGGCCAGCAAGUUUGGUUAUCAGCACAUUAUCUUGAACACUUCCAGUCAACGCAUUACAGCCAUGGACCAAAUGAAGAGCUUUGUGGACUCUGCUAAUUUUUCUGGCUUUGCUGCCUCAAUUGCUGCAGAAUAUAGCAACUGGGAAACAGACAAGAUCAUUGCAGAAGAGCUUAUUCGCAACCUGGCGUUGGCUAUGGCAGCUGUAUUUGUGAUGACGCUGCUGCUCCUGGCAAGCUUCAUCAGCUCCAUCUAUGUUCUACUGUGUGUGGUGCUCACAUUGGUUGAUGUCAUGGCUUUGAUGACCUGGUGGGGCCUCACUAUUGAUACAGUGUCCUGCAUCAACUUGGUCCUCUGCAUUGGUUUGUGUGUUGACUAUUCUGUCCACAUCGCUCUUCACUUCCUGCAGAUUAAGGGAAGCCGUGAUGAGAGAGUGAGGGUGACGGUGAAGGAAAUGGGCCCUCCAGUGCUGAAUGGUGCCUUCUCCACCUUCCUCACUUUCAUCCUCCUGGCAGGUUCUGAGUCUCAUGUCUUUGAGUCAUUCUUCAAGAUAUUCUUUGGAGUGUUCAUGUUUGGUGUGUUCCACGGGUUGGUGUUCCUGCCGGUGCUGCUGAGUCUGAUUGGUCCUGCGCCUUACAACACAAGCUCAGUUGCUGCAAUGGGUAGUGAAAACAUUUCCAGUGAGAAGGAGCUGGUGAUCAAUGGCCAUUCAUACACCCAGCACAUGUGAGAGUGAGAGGAAGAUGGUUGCAGAAAGAUCAACAAAAUCUCAACAGAGAACAAUUUGUAGCAAUAGAUAGGUAUUUAGCAUAGAGUUUGUAGCAGUAGGUAGCCAUUUUGCAUUUAUUUAUAUAGUAAAUUUUUUUUCACUAACUUAUUACAUGUUGGUUGGGAACUAGGCACUAUGUAUAUAAUUGUCUAUCUAAGGAGAAUGGGAUAAAUUCUAAAAGUAGAUAGCUUGAAGGAUUAUAUUUAUGCUAAGAUUUAAGUAUGUGAGAAAGACCGGUGUAGAAUGACUGACAAAUUGAGCAUGGAUGCUUGUGGUGUGAAAUUGAUAGAAGUGUAAGAUUUUAGUACAAUAAAUGCAGUAAAUACAAUGGAACAGUAGGAUAGUACUAGAGCACAUGUUGAGAUAAAACGAGGUGGUCAUUAUUAGAUACAGAGUAAUUACAAUGAAUGGAGACCUGUGGCCAUCCUUUCUUGGAAGAAGCUCCUAGAAACUGGCUUCAGUCAUAGGAAGAUUAAAAUAGAGGUUGGGACAACUUAUUUGAACAUUGCACUGUCCUCUGUUUUCCAGAUUCAUGACCUUAAUGGCCAGGAAUCCAAGUAUUAUAUCCGUAGCAACACAUUCUGGUAAGUGCAAGUCCCCUGGAUUUAUAAGAAAGUGGUGACCAGUCAUUCCUGUACUGCCUGUUCGUCAUCUCUCCUUGAUGCCAUUUUCUCAUAGGUGUGCUUCAGACACCAUAGCAAGCAAUGAACUUAAACUAUAUAUAAUACAGGACACCUCAGCACUGCUCUUAUUCUCUCUCUGUUUCUACCUAACAAGUCUUAGAGCAUUGAACACAUUUAUUUAAGAGUGAAUGAAUUGAUUAUUUUUGUAAAAUAAUGUUCCUAUAAAUGUUUUCUUCUAGUCAUUAUUUUGCUACUAGUGACUGGUGAGUGGUGUUCUGAAGACUCCUAUGUUACUAACUCCCACCUCCCAACAUACCAUCUAUUGAACCCCCACCUACCUACAACUGCCUUCCAUUUAUUUUCCUUCCUGCAUCCAUCGUUGAUAACAAAAUCAAUGAUUAUAAUGUUACUGCAAGUCAAGAGCCUUUAUAUUAUUUAAUUAGUAAUAUUACUAUAUCAUAUUUAUUUUCUGUUUGUAGUUCCAUUGGUUUAUCAUUAUAAUAAUUUGUGCAGCAGUGGAUGGCUGGAGGGAAAUAAAUGGCAGCUGUUGGUGGGUAUGAAAUGGAUGGGAAUAGUCACACAGGAGCUCUCAUAACUAUACUUCAGUCCUCUGUAGUGAAAUGAUAAUUUUGAGAAAAACGGCAAGAGCUGACAGUCAAAAGUUUUAGUUUUUUUUUUACCUUUAAUCUCUCACUGUUAACUCGUUUCAUGGUGUCUGCCAUGCUCUCUCCAUGAUAGAAAGCAAUAAAGAGAGAGAGAGUGAGAGUGAGUGUUUGAGUGUGUGUGUGUGUUUAGCCACCCCUUAUUCACUUACAGAUUACAUGGGAUUCUUGUUUUCUGGAGUGUAUUACUACUGCAAAAAGUACAUUCCUUGUUGAUGUGGUAGAUGAAAGAUGCUGGAGUAAAUAAGAUGCUAUCAAAAGAUACAGGACAUAACUGUUUCAAGUUUCAUUGCUAUCUCCUUCAAGGUAGAGAGAGGAUUGACCACUACCGGCACUUCUGCCAUGCUUGGUGUGUUGGCUGCAAGUCCUUCCUCGAAGUACCUAUGUGAUUUGUACUGUAUUGCUGUGAAGUGUCAAAUCAGAUUCCCUUCACUUUAGACUUCAUUUUUGGAAAGGAAUAAGUCACAGGGAGCUAACAUUGCAAAUAAUUGGGAUGGGAAGCAAUGAAUGAUGUUGCUGUGUAAGCAAUCAUGGUAUGAUUUCAUGCCAUUGCACUAGUGAACUUUUUGGCAGUGAAUAUUUUCCCUGGAACACUUGAAAUUUUCGUCACCCAGUUGCUGCUACACCAUGGUUCAGCUUGUUCACACUGUGAUUGUUAUAAGGUGUCCAAGAGAUGGCCAUUCAAUUAUCCAUUUUGACACAUGCCCACAUAUCUAAGCUUCCCAUCCUCCUUCCUGGAUUUGAUUUCUUAUGACUUUGCUUUCCUAAAAUGAAUUGAAGAUGAAGGGAUGCUGUUUUG